UAUGUGCGGCUCAGGCAGGCCGAUUGCGUCUCUCGCUUGGGACCGUGGCACUACGCGGUUCGUUCACGUUGCACCGCCUUCGGAGUUACCUCCCGUGGAUUUGAAGCUGCACCCACUUCUCCCUUUGACAACGAGGUAACCUGCUCCUGAGGCUCACCAUAAUUCAAUCAGUCCAUAAACAUUUAUUAAGCACCUGCUAUGUACCAGGGACUAUAUAAAGCACUGGAGUUAUAAAGAAAAUCAAAAGAGGAGCUCAUAGUCUAAUGAACUUAAUGUAAACAUUUGAUUGGCUGAAAGUGAUCUCCCAGCCUCAGUCUCCCCAAUAAGCAGGGAUUACAGCUUCGGGAACAUGAGGUUUCUUGGGAAAACAUUCAAAAGGAAGAGUGAAGGGAGCAUUUAAAAGAGACCCGGAACAGUGGCUGCAAGGCUGGGGCCCGAGGGCUGGCAGUGGAAAACCUUUCUGAGCUGUGAUAUAUCACCAAAAAGCUCUUGGUGCCUAUUUGCCUCCUGCAAAAGAAGAGAAGAGGAAAAUAAGACAAUGUCAAUAGCCCUGAAGCAGGUUUUCAAUAAAGACAAGACCUUCCGGCCCAAGCGCAAAUUUGAACCGGGCACACAAAGGUUUGAGCUCCACAAAAGGGCACAGGCCUCUCUGAACUCUGGGGUGGACCUGAAGGCAGCAGUACAGCUGCCCAGUGGGGAAGACCAGAAUGACUGGGUUGCAGUUCAUGUGGUAGAUUUCUUCAACCGUAUCAAUCUGAUCUAUGGCACUAUCUGUGAGUUCUGCACUGAGAGGACCUGUCCUGUGAUGUCAGGGGGCCCAAAAUAUGAGUACCGGUGGCAGGAUGACCUUAAGUACAAGAAACCUACUGCCUUGCCAGCCCCCCAAUAUAUGAACCUUCUCAUGGACUGGAUUGAGGUACAGAUCAAUAACGAAGAUAUAUUUCCUACCAGCGUAGGUGUUCCUUUCCCAAGGAAUUUCCUUCAGAUCUGCAAGAAGAUUCUGUGUCGUCUUUUCCGGGUGUUUGUGCACGUCUACAUCCAUCAUUUUGAUCGUGUGAUCGUGAUGGGUGCUGAAGCCCAUGUCAACACCUGCUACAAACACUUCUAUUACUUUGUCACAGAGAUGAACCUCAUAGACCGCAAGGAACUAGAGCCCUUGAAAGAGAUGACCAGCAGGAUGUGUCACUAAAGAGCCAUCCAUGGGAAGAAGAAGGAAUGCGAUUUCCUCAGGGGGCUGAGCAGGAGCACGAAGUAGACCUUUCAGACUAAAAUAACUUGUUGAUUCCCAGGAGGUUUGGGACAGGCAGUGAUUUUUCUACGCUGUGCUUCCCAUUCACUGUGUAUGCUCUUAACCCUCAGAGUGCUGCUAGCAACAUCCUAUCAACCAGGUAUAUUACAAAGCAAAGCAAAGAAAGAGAAAACUUCCAUUUAUUUUUCCAGUUCAAGAAUUCUCCAGAAUGAAGCCUCUGCAGUUACAGACUCUUAAUGGUUCAGUACAUGUUCCAGCUGUCUCAGCUUUACUGGAAUUCAGGUCUUGAGACUGAAAUACAUAUUUGUACUAUUUUCCCCCAUUAACUAAACCAGCCUUGCCAGCUGGCCUCUUUUACCUAUGUUUUAUUUUCUAAGUACAGUGUGAAUUUGACAACUCUGGAUCCUCAACAGGUUUUUUUUUUUCUAUAACAAGCCUUCCAUCCUACAAAGUCCGACCCUGAUCCUGUAUAAUACUUUGAAAUUCCAUAGAACAUUGAAAUCCUGAUAAAUCCACCAGAGAGCAAAAGCAUGACUUUCUUUCAUGGGCCUGCUGCUUAUGAAGUCCUACUCCAUUUCCAAAUAGUGUCUUUGUAUUAUAACUAGAAGGAAGUUCAAACACCACCUUCUGCAAGAGACCUUUGCUGAUGGCCCCCCCCACCCCAGCUACUAGUGCCUUCCCCCUUUUCACCCUAUCUAUACCCCCACACAAAACAUUACCUUUUAUUGGUUUUGUAAAUACUUAUAUAUGUCUGUAAUUGUCUUUCCUGUUAGAAUAUAAAGGGACUCUUUAGGGCAGGGACUCUUGAUUUUUAUCUUUAUAUUUCUAGACUUUACCACACACAGUACCUGGCACAUAGUUGGUGCUUAAUAAAUGCUUGUUGAUUGAAGUCAUGAUUUCCCAGAAUAAGGUUUGUCAAAGCAUUGGCUAAGUUCCUGAGUGAUUUUGGCUAGGGUGCAUUUGAUUCAACAAACAUUUAUCUAGAGCCUGCUACAUGCAAAGCACUGUACUAGACCUUGGGGAUACAACAGGAAAUCAAAAGAGCACCUGCCCUCAAGAAGCUUUCAUUCUAUUGUGUGAAACAACAUGGGCACAAAUAAAGAGAUUCAAAGUAUAUGUAAAGUAAUUUUCAAGAGGUAGAGAAUACUAAUUGUUGAGGAGAAGUGGAAGAGGAGCAUCAGGAAAACUCAUAUAUUUUUCACUCUUCUUUACUCCCUUACUCUUUAUCUUCCAUUCAGGAAAAUUUUCCUAUUGUUAGAAGAGACACAAAAGGAAACUAGAAAUUACAGUGGGGAAAUUCAGUAGUGGGAGAAAGCAGUCACUGUUUAUGCAGGAUCAUGUGAACAAAUCAUUCAAUUGGUUGGCUUUUAGCCACACAAGUCUAUGUCUUUUUUCUUUCUUAGCUCUCCUGCAACGCUGUAUUGUAAAAUAUUAAAUUGAUUGUGGGCUCCAAGGUACAUAGUAUCUCAACCCAUUAUUGUGCCAUGGUCUCCAAAGACACAGUGUAGCUCCUGUUUCUGCAUGUAGUCUUUUCCCAGCUUUCCUUUUCAGUUGAUAGUCACCAUGAUGUAUUCUGUGCUGUUUCAUACAAUCACAGAAUUUCAGAAUUGGAAGAGACCUCAGUGACCAUUAUGUCCACCUCAUCCCUGAAAAAGAAUGCCCACUACAACAAAGAAGAGUCCUUCUUUUUAAAAAAAUUAUACAGGAUUUUGGUAGAUGGAGUGUUAUUUUGCCUUUUUAUCCUGACAGGAGAGUCCUGAAAAGUUCUCAUUUAGGACAUCCUUUUGCUUCAUGUUGAUUUGAAUUUCACAAAAUAUCAGUUUGUGGAAAAUAACCAAAAGAAUAAGACUGCAAAAUGCGUGUUUUAAUGUAAUUUUUGUUAAAGUAUAAUUACAAAUAGAUCAGAAGAAAUAAAAUUAUGCAUCCACAUGGACUAAGGGCUAGACUUUUUAACCCUAUAGCAUUCAGUGUUGGUUCAACCAAGAAGACACACCUUUGCUUUGGAAGAGGAUAUAAAUUAGUUUGGUUUAAAAAUUUUUUUUUUUUUUAGUAAGGCAAUUGGGGUUAAGUGACUUGCCCAGGGUCACACAGCUAGUAAGUGUUAAGUGUCUGAGGCCGGAUUUGAACUCAGGAAAAUUAGUUUGUUUUAAAGGCCCCAAAUGCUGCUACCUCUCUCUAUGCUCUUAGUAUUCAGGUUAUAUUUGAUUAUUGACAAACAUGCCUCUCCAUUUGGUAUCUAUAUCCCUAUAUGGGAGAGAAAAACACAUGUCAAUCCAAGGCAAUAUUUUUGGUUAGGAAUCCACAGAGAAAAUACAUCCUAAAGAUUCAAAGAAAAAAAAAGCCUAAGUAGAACCACCUCCAAACCUAUGCAAUAUAACAAAAUCUUUAUGAAACACAAAAUAUAAAUUUUGGUGAGCCUUCUUCUCAAAACCUUACUUUGUCUUUGAAAACUGAAAACUAUUGGUGUUUUUAAAUCAAAAUCAUGAAUUUUCCUACAUUUCAUUAAUGCCACUUAAGAUGCUAUUUGUGCCUAAUUUUGUAGGAGUUGGAAAUCUGCAUUUGUUAACAAAUCUUUUUCAUACUCUUUUAGCUAUUUCUGCAUAUGAAAUUUCUGUUCAACUUUUUUUUUUAAAGUAGCUUUGUAAGCUGUUUCCUCUUGGUACAGUUUUCCUCUGGCUGUACACACUCCUAAUUGCACUAAUGAACUGUUCUAGGGUGUGGUUUUUUGUUUUGUUUUUUACAAAUUGUUGUGGGUUUGUGUUUGUUUUGUUUUGAUGUUUGUUGUUUUUAGUUAUAAAGUAAGAUUUUGUUUAGCAAACUCCAAAAAAGAACCCAUCGGGCAAUUUUGACCACUUUUUUUUGUUUUUGGCCUGACUGCCUCAUAUAUGUGUAUAACUUAUGGGAAAGGAAAGGAAAUAAAGUGGAUGAAAACAUUAAAGAGAGCAACAUAAUCCUUUAACUAUUGGCCUGACUAAUGACCCAACAUGAGGCCUCUCUGCUUUGGGAAAAGAUGAUAUGAAUAUGGACCUCAUUCCUGGCUUCUAUUGUGCUUUAUUAUGUCUUUGACUAACAUCACUAUUGACAUUUGAGUAAUAGUUCUAAAUAAAAAGGGAGGAUGCAAAAGGAUAGAAUAAUUCACCUAAGAGUUUUGGACAUUCAAUAUGAGAUAACUUGCCCCAGUUCACAGUAAAUUGAAUCAUCUCUUUAUUAUAAUCUCCUAUCUUCAUGUUCCUUGAUGUGUUCAGAAGGGAUUAGGCACUAUUUCAUUGGAUGUAAACUUACAUUUAUACCUGGAUGUAAACUGAUGUAAACAUUCCACUUAACUGAAAGAUGGGUAGAAUCCCCUUACAGGAGAGAUUUGAGUCAAUUUCAUAUGGUGGAUUUGAACUUUCCAUCUAGCCUGUAGUUUCACCAGAUAUGUGCACUUCUCUUAUUUCCCUUCUCGUUCUGUAUCCUUAUACUCAGGUCCCCAUGAUUUGUUGAUCUAGCCCUUAAAGGCCUACUGCCUUUUUUACCUUAGAGAACCUUUUCCUCUUAUAUUCUCUAUGGACUACAGAUUCAUUGUCUUAGGAAAAAUGAGUAGAAGAAGCCACCUAGUCCAUCCCUCCUACUCUAUAGGCAGAACAAUAUAAUGAAUCAAAACUAUUCUAUUUGGGGGGGGCAGGACAAUGUGGGGUAAGUGACUUGCCCAGGGUCACACAGCUAGUAAGUGUCAAGUGUCUGAGGCCGGAUUUGAACUCAGGUCCUCCUGAAUCCAGGGCUGGUGUUUUAUCCACUGUGCCACCUAGCUGCCCCCAAAACUAUUCUAUUUUUAAAGAUCUUCAAACAAGGAAAUUCCACAACUCCCUUGGGUAAUCUACCCUAGGAUUCAAGAAUUGUUGAAAUAUUUUUGUACAACUCAUAUAAAUCAAGUAUGCUUCAGGUUAAACGCAGUUUUUAUUUUUGUUUUCCCUGGCUGAGUCCUGAAUGAAGAUCAAGAAUAAUAGAUUCUGUGCUAGGGCCCUUCACAUGACUAAAGGCUAUUAUGUGCCCUUCAAACUUCUCAUCUCUAAGUUGAAUAAUCCAUUUCUUUAGCAUUCUUUCAUGGGUCUUUUUGUUUGUGUUGUUUGUUAUAAACCUCUGAUUUCACCCAUGUGAAGAAUUCUUGGUGUGGAGAUUCUACCAAUGCCAGUUAGUAACUAACAUUGAUAUAAGGCUUUAAGAUUUGCAAAGCAUUUUUUUCCAAAUGUUACUCUUUUUGUUGAAUAAGUUCCACAACUUAAAGUGUUAGAGAGUUAUCUGGAGCACUGAGAAUUUAAAUACCUUACCCAUAGUCACAUAGCUAGUUUACAACUUGAACCCAGGUCCCCCUGACUCCAAGUCCUGCUCUCCAUCCCAUAUGCUAUGUUGCUCUGCCCCCUUGGUCCUACUUAACUUCCUCAAUCAUCUUUAUAAUUCUCUUGGAAAUUUUCUCACAUUCUCUGUUUCCCAGUGGGGCUAUAAAGAUAAAAGUGGAAACUGUACUUACAAAGGAACUGACCAAUUAUGACUAUACUAGAAGGAUUAUCUCAUAAUUCUCCUUUAUAAUACACCAAGUUAUACUACUUAGUUCCUGGCCCAUCCAUGAUAAGAUCCAAGACUUGGAUCUUAUAUUACUAUGCCUACACGUACUCAGUGUUAUGUAUUUUUGUCUUUGCACAUGACCUCAUCGAAUCUAUUUUGUUUGUUUCUGACCACUUUUUAAAAUUUACCAAAGCAUUUUGUAAUUAUGCUACAGGAUCCUAUUCCAAUACACCUGCACUUACUCCUAGGGGGAGUUUCUAUAAACAUAAUCUCUAUUCAACAUCCAGGUCAUUGAAAAAGUGUUCAAAUAGAAAUAGGACAGACCCUUUAGGGCUUAGGUAUCAAGCACAGGUCCCCACACUCCCAAGUCCAGUCAAAUCAGAUUAAAAUUUAAUUGGGAAAUAUUUUUUAAAAUUAAUAAAAAUUUAAUCAAACAGAUAAUGCUAAUAUGUCAUUUUCUAAAUCAAUAUGCUGCCCACCCCCAUUUCUAUUUGAGUUUCAUACCAUUGCACUAAAGAAAUUGUUAGGUGCUUCUCCUCCCUGCUUUCAGCUUUCACAUUUCCCAUCCUCUAAGCUCCAUUGAUUUUCUCUGGAUUUGACUUCCAAGUCACUUGUAUUUUCAUCUAAUAAUUUAGACCCAUCUCAAGCUGAUAAUUAUACAUACACACACACACACACACAUAUAUAUAUGUGUAUAUAUAUAUAUAUCAUGUGAACUAAAAGUAAAAGGCAAAAUAAAUAUCUAUUACUUCAUCCUGAUCAACCAUGAGUUUUACCCCUUAAGAUGUCCAUAAUACAGUCAAUUGGAUGGUUUGAAGGAUACUACCUAAACAAGAUGGUCUUUAAAAAUAAUCAACUAAAAUAAAACUUCCUCCAUAUAAAAUAAACAAAUAGAUUCUAAUACUGUCAGAUUUAUUAUUUUUUUUUAUUAAGACAUAUCAUUGGGCUAGUAGGAUACUACAUCAGUUCUACUUAGCACUAAUAGAGAUAAGAAAGCAGUGUGUUAGAAAUAGGCUCCCACCUUUAGGGAUAGGAUUCUGAGGGCAAGAAAAAGGUAAUAGCACAAGUUAGACAUUAAUGGCAUAGAUUACUACACUUAAAAUGACAUUUAAUGGACAAGAAAUAUCAGGGGAAAUGUAGGACCAUUUUUUUCUCCUGUGAAGUUAAUGGCAUAAUGACCAAAGGUAGUCCAAAGUAAGACUUCUGUCAUCAUGUCAAAUGAUUCCCACUUUAACCCUUUUGCUCUUGUUGAUGUCUAGGUGAUACUAUUCUGGAGUUAGCCAAACAAAUUUUUUUUUUGAUUGGUGGGUUUUUCUUCCUGCUUAAAAACAGAUAAAUUUAGUUUUAUAAUGAGAUGUUCUUCUCUGGAGUUUUAUUAGUCCUGGGUAAGGCAUUUCCCACUGAAUAGAUAGAUUUUUUGUAAUUUUUUAGAGGAAAGAGCCAAUUUCUAAUGAAGCAGUUAAUUUGUUUGACUACUUUUUAAUCUUCAAACUUCUCAUUUGCCCAGUAUCUUUUUAGCACUAUCCAAGAAAAGGUUUUUUAGAAUAUUGUAGCUCUGUCUGUGAUUAAACAAAGGGUUUCAAUGUUAGAAAACAGACUAAUAUCAUGGUCAGAAUUUAAAAUUUGGAUAAAAUGGAAGGGUACUUGUAAAAUCAGUUUUCAUUUGUGAACAUGAUGAAUUCAAAUGGCACAAAUAAAUGACUUAC